AUGAGGAAUAACAAGGGAACCAAAAAGGAAUAUGCGUUUGAUAUACCUUCCAAAUGCAACGCAGUCUUGACCAAUCGGUGCAAACUCAAAGUUGUCAGUGAAGUAUUUGACAACCUAGACAAAGCACAUAAAUUUCGAUUCGUAGAGUCUUGCUUCCGGCCACUAGUAAAUAUUCCCGAGCUCAUAUUGUCCUCGCAACUAGUCCACCAAGUACUUCGCAGGACAUUGAAAGCGUCCGAAAAUGACAAAGAUGUCGUGUGGUUCAGAUUUGGGGAAAACGAAACUAGAUUCGGGUUACAAGAGUUUUGUCUUGUAAUCGGAUUUAAGAUUGCGGCGGAUGAUGAAAAUGCGUACGAGGUCCCCAAAACUAACAGUUCGCUUUUGCAACUGUUUAAAGCGGGGGAAGAUCAAACGCAGUGACUUUUACGAUCAAGUUUAUAGAAUUUUUGCGUGCUGGGAAGAAUGUUGAAGGCGUAGAUCAAUCUCGGAUUAGUGAUUGGCGUGUAAAACUAGCGGCUGAAAUAUUUGGUGCUCAUUUUGAUGUAUGUUUUAAACAUUCAAUAUGUAACUGGUUGUAGUGAUCUUUUGGAUAAUACAUUUUUGCAUUAUUUUUCAUGUGUUUUUCAAUGCAAUGAUGCGGGUGAUUGAUUUUUGAAGUUGUAUUUUUUACGUACUUUCCAAUGC